GGAGACAAUAAGCAGCACAAGUUUACAUCUUUCUCUCUCUUUCUUCACAACCAAGUGAACCAUAUAAUAAUCAAAUCUCACAACAUUAUCUAUCGCUCCUUCCCUAUAUCACCACCACUCGUUUAACAGAAACCAAAAAAAGAGAGAGAGAGCCUUUUCACUUCUGGGGAGGGAGAGAGCUCUAAUGGCGAACUUGGUCUUAUCAGAAUGUGGUAUAAGACCUCUCCCCAGAAUCUACACAACACCCAGAUCCAAUUUCGUCUCCAAAUCCAUCUUCAAAUUCAGACCAUCGUUGUCGUCUCCUUCUUCCAAAACAUCGUCUCCUCUAGCUAUUGGUCUGAAUUCACGAGAUAGGUUCCGGAGGAAUUGGGGGUUAAAUGUGAGCGUGCCAUUGACGACACCAAUAGUUGAUGAGUCUCCAUUGGAGGGAGAACACGAAGAGGAUAAGCAGAGGUUUGACCCAGGUGCGCCUCCUCCGUUCAAUUUAGCGGAUAUUAGAGCAGCUAUACCUAAGCAUUGUUGGGUUAAGAACCCAUGGAAGUCUAUGAGCUAUGUUGUGAGAGAUGUCGCUAUCGUCUUUGCAUUGGCUGCUGGAGCUGCUUAUCUCAACAAUUGGAUUGUUUGGCCUCUCUAUUGGCUCGCACAAGGAACCAUGUUUUGGGCUCUCUUUGUUCUCGGUCAUGACUGUGGACAUGGUAGCUUCUCAAAUGAUCCGAGGUUGAAUAGUGUGGUGGGUCAUCUUCUUCAUUCAUCUAUUCUGGUACCUUACCAUGGCUGGAGAAUUAGUCACAGAACUCACCACCAGAACCAUGGACAUGUUGAGAACGACGAAUCUUGGCAUCCUAUGUCUGAGAAAAUCUACCAGAGUUUGGACAAACCGACUAGAUUCUUUAGAUUUACACUGCCUCUCGUGAUGCUCGCAUACCCUUUCUACUUGUGGGCUCGAAGUCCGGGGAAAAAGGGUUCUCAUUACCAUCCGGACAGCGACUUGUUCCUCCCUAAAGAGAAACAGGAUGUCCUCACUUCUACGGCUUGUUGGACUGCAAUGGCUGCUCUGCUUAUCUGUCUCAGCUUCGUGGUUGGUCCAAUUCAAAUGCUCAAACUCUACGUAGUUCCUUAUUGGAUAAAUGUAAUGUGGUUGGACUUUGUCACGUACCUGCAUCACCACGGUCAUGAAGACAAGCUCCCUUGGUACCGUGGGAAGGAAUGGAGUUACCUGAGAGGAGGACUUACAACAUUGGAUCGUGACUAUGGAUUGAUCAAUAACAUCCAUCAUGACAUUGGAACGCAUGUGAUACAUCAUCUUUUCCCGCAGAUCCCACAUUAUCAUCUUGUAGAAGCAACGGAGGCAGCUAAACCAGUAUUAGGGAAGUAUUACAGGGAGCCUGAUAAGUCUGGACCUUUGCCAUUACAUUUACUGGAAAUUCUAUCAAAAAGUAUUAAAGAAGAUCAUUACGUGAGCGAUGAAGGAGACAUUGUAUACUAUAAAGCAGAUCCAAACCUCUAUGGAGAUAUCAAAGUGAGAGCAAAUUGAAUGAAGCAGGCAGAGAUAGAGGGAGAAGCUGUGAAGUUCUUCUAUUUCUGACUAGCUGAUUUUUUUUGUUUACUGUCAAUUUAUUGUCACCUACCAUAGACCAGUUAGUGUCUGUAUCUCUGAAUACAAUCAGAUGGAAACAACAAAUGUGUUUUCGAUACUGAAGCUAUAUAAUAUACUCAAUUGGUGUUGUGUUAGCAUGUUUUAGAC